AUGCAAGCAUGGGAGCUUUUCAAGGACAAGCUUCAAGAAAUUGAACCCGAGGCAAACUUCGCUGCAACAAAGAAAAAGAUUGAGCACAUGCGAUCGGCUUUUAAGAGAGAGUACAAAAAGGUUAAAGAAUUAAAACGAACGGGAGCAGGAGCCAAUGAUGUCCAUGUUCCUAACCUUUGGUAUUUUAAUUUGUUGCUGCCUAUCCUUGAUAAGAAAGAUGAGCAAUCGAGAUGUGGGUUGGACACGCUGUCCAGUGACAGCGAAUAUAUUAUACCUGCAUGA